AUGGCGCAACCUUUCCCUGAACCUAUCAAACUCCACGAUGACGAGACCAGCUCCACCCAGUCGGAGGCCUCGGAUACCGUACCGAACACCUUCGAAGGCCCCGAGAAGAACCUCGAGAUCGACUUCAAGCUGGGAGUCGGCCACGAACGCGGCCUGCGUGAGGUGCCGCGCCACGAUCUUGACGAAAUGCUGGAAGCUGGACAAUGCCAGAUCCUGUCCCGUACGAGCAACGAGCACAUCGACGCCUACGUGCUGUCCGAGAGCUCCAUGUUCAUUUAUGCACACAAGAUUGUGCUCAAGACCUGCGGCACCACCACUCUACUCAAGUGUCUGCCUUACAUCAAGACCUUCUCCGAGCGUCUUGGUCUUGAGAUCGAGUGGGUCAAUUACUCCCGCAAGAACUACACCUUCCCAGAGGAGCAAAAGUACCCUCACACGAGUUUCCAGACUGAGGUGGCGUUCCUCAGCUCCUACUUCCCGGACGGAUCGGCUCACGUGCUGGGUCCGUUGAACCGCGACCACUGGUACAUUUACGCGUGGGACGCCGACAUCCAUGAGCAACCCGGUGCAUUGACGCACAACCCCGACUUCAAGGAACUUCGUGCCAAUGAGAGUACGCUCCAGGUGCUGAUGCAGGAUAUGCACCCGAGUGUGGCCAAGCAGUUCUUCAAGAACAACGACAGUACCGUGACUUCUCGUCGCAUGACGAUUGAGAGUGGCAUCCGUGACCUGGUGCCUGGCGCAGUGAUCGACGACUUUGCCUUUGAUCCGUGUGGAUACUCGAUGAACGGCAUCCUGUUCGACGCUUACUACACGAUCCACAUCACUCCCGAGAGCCACUGCAGCUACGUGAGCUUCGAGACCAACGCGCGUCUCCGCUCGUACGCGUCACUGCUCAAGAACGUGCUGCGUUGCUUCCGUCCGGCUAAAUACUCGGUGAGUGUGUACACGGACCGCAACGCGCUCGAGUCUGCCAAGGGCAACAACAUGUUCGCGGAGGACAUGGUCAAGAUCGACGACGACCUGCUGUACAAGCGCAAGGGUGGACACACACAGGCCACGUUCGAGGGCGACUACAUGUGCCGCAUGGCCAACUACGCGCAGACGGACAAGCCCGUGCUCAGCCGUGCCGCCCAGAAGAUCCGCUCUCCUUCCUUCGCUUAG